AUGCCCUCAUUCUCAAAUGGUAGUCCAUUACACAUUGAUCUGAGCCAACAUCCACAUUCUCAAAGUCGCUCAAAUCAUUCAAAUCUAAACAAUCAUCAUAAAGCGGAAACGGAAGAUCUGGAGAGUAGUGAUGUGGAGAAUGCAUUGAUCAUGAACAACGGAGACAAUCAUUUUUCCACAAAUGAACAAUUAUCUUCUUCAUCGGGAAGAAGGGGUGUCCACUGUGUGUCCAAUUCCCUCCGAUCCAUUCUGUUCCUGUUCCGACUCCUUGCAAUUUUCCCAACAUCCACAGAUAGGAGAUCACGAAGGAAGAGGGAUCACAAAUCAAUUAUUAAAUGGGUUCUAUAUCUUAACUACAUUGUUCUGGCAGUGCUGCUCAACUCGUUUCUAAUAAAAAUGAACAUUCGGGUACUCAUGCUUUACAAGUUGAAAUUCGGUCUUAUGCAUACUGGAACUGUUUCAUCAAUGAUCACAGCUACCAAACCAGUCAUCAACGUGGUCGUGAUUGUCUUGUCAGCGAUGAAGUUCAGAUCUCAUCAGAGACUUUUGAAGACAAUUGAUAUGGUAGAUGUGUGCUUUCGAAGUGCAUUCGGAGUAUCUCCACCUCUUCGAAUCUACAAAUUCGCGUUCUUCUUUACCUUGUCCAUUGUUUUCUCUUCUGCAUUAAUUCUCAAAGUUGUCGAAUUCAUCGGAACGGAUCAAGUAUUCGGAGACCAUAUUCUCACGGAUAGUAGUUUCAUUUUGGUGCCAGUUCUGAGUCUCUGGAAUAUAAUUCCACUUCUUUACUAUCACCUCUACAACGUUUUGGUUCGUUUCUACUGCCGAACACUGAUCAAAUCGAUGAAUCGGGAACACAAAAAACGACACUUUAGCUUGAAAUUUUACUAUGAACAAUUCACAAGAAUCACAAAUGUACAAGAAGCAAUUGGUGACGUCUUCAACCCACUGCUUCUGUUUUCCUUGGCUUGGAGUCUUCUGGUUUUAUGUCUCACUAUUUAUUUCUCGUCAGAGCCGACGUCUACCCUGUUGGUACCAAUUACUCCAGAACAAGUUCAAAAUCAAAAAGUAAGAGAGAAGCUAACCAUCGCAGUACAUGUAUCAAUCUGUUGGGCCGCCUAUCAGGUUAUCAUGGCAAUUCUUCAUAUUCUUAUUAUCUGCUCAACGGGAAUGAUGACUAAUGAAACUACUCGCCAAAUCGUCAACGCUGUUCUCCGAAUAGUCCCUGAUGCUAAUGCUGAUCUUGACCGCUUCCAAAUAUCUUGCUUCGUUCAUAAAAUGACCACACAAUUCAUGUGGGGAAUGACUGUCUGGAGAGCUUUUCCAUUGGAACGAACCACUUUCUUCACGCUUAUCUCUGUCAUCGUGACAUACUCUCUGUUGCUCUUCCGUUUCAAAGAUGAUAUGCAUACAAAUCCACCCUAUAUGGCAGCCAUGGCAACAUUCAAUUCGACUGUUACUUCGACUGUUGCUCCAGCUAUUGGAUAA